AUGGCGGGAUUAUUGUGGAAGAGAGGCACAACUCUUGGUCAAGGUGGAUUCGGUGUUGUCUCGUUAGCUUCUACCUCCAACGCACUAUUUCGUGGUGUUACUCUUCCCUCUCUCAUCGCCCUCAAAUCAUGCAACUACAGUGCUUCUCAAUCGUUGAAAGAAGAAGUCGAAAUCCUCCGAAUGUUCAAACAUUCACCUUACAUUGUUCACUGUUUUGGAGCUAAUGUCUCAUUUGAAGAUAACGUCAAUCUUUACAACUUAUUGCUCGAGUAUGCUUCAGGAGGAAGCCUUGCUGAUCAUCUUCAGAACUGCAAUUCACUGUCGGAGUCUGAAGUUAAGAAACACACGAAGAAUGUUCUUUUAGGGCUCAGUUGCAUACACAACAAUGGAAUUAUUCACUGCGACAUCAAGCCUGGCAAUAUUCUCCUUGUGGGCAGGGAUAAAACUGCCAAGAUCGCUGAUUUUGGGCUUUCCGUGACCUUGGAACAGGGCAUGAACCAAAAACAGGGAGUUAUCAGGGGAACAGAAAGGUAUAUGGCACCUGAAUCCGUGAUUAACACUGAGUAUACCUCACAAGUUGAUAUUUGGGCUCUUGGCUGUACUGUCUAUGAGCUGAUUACGGGGACACCGCUGUGGGAAGACGCAGAUGGUGAUGAUGUGUUGGACAAAAUCGAGUUUGAGGAACCAAAGUUUCAGAAUUCAAAGUUGUCAAAUGAGGCUCAAAAUUUUCUGGAAAAAUGUCUUGUGAAGAAUCCGAGCACGCGUUGGACUGCGGACAUGCUCUUGAACCAUACUUUUCUUCAGAAUUCAUCCAAAGUAGCCAACACAGCAAAGACAAGGAAGAAGAAAAGUAAUUCAAUGUCCCUUCUACACAAACCAAUCCAGAAGAUAACAUUCAAGAUCGGCCAUCAUAAAUUCUCGAGGCAAUUGCUGGAUCCGAAGCCCCUUCUACACAAACCAAUCCAGAAGAUAACAUUCAAGAUCGGCAAUCAUAAAUUCAUGAGGCAAUCCCCAGAUCUGAAGGAAGUAGAGAAUGAACCUUGUGGAAGGGUACUGGGUACUGACAAUAGAUAG